CGCCUCCGGCAGAUCGGGCGCAAGAUGGCGGUGGUGCUCGGAGGCGGGUCGCGGCGGGUGGUGCGGGAGGCGGUGCGGCGUUCCGCCGUUCACCCGCCCGCCUCAGGCUGCUGGGGCUCGGCGCCUGGAGGAAAGAGGUAUCUGCUAACGGAAGAUGAUAUCAAGUUACAAGAAUUUCAGCAGAUGAAAGUGGUAAUUAGAAAUGAAGUUCAUGGCAAUAAAGAUCCGUAUUUUAAAAGUAUUAAAGAAAAAUUAAAGAAAAAUGAAAUAAUUCUCAAAACUGAAUUAAAAAACUUGCUGCAUUUAUGUCAGACUUCAUCUGAUGUGGAACUAGCCAGAGAAGUUAUUUACAGGUACCAUGAGCAGAAUGGAAUCACAUCCUUACAUAAUUUUAAAUUUGGGCCACUCUUUAUGAGGCUAUGUUAUGAGCUAGAUCUUGAACGACCUGCAGUAGAACUUAUCAAAGAUCAGAAUUUGCAUGGUUUUUUCUCGGAGAGUACAUCAUUCCAUAUUUUGAUGACAAUGUUAUUUAAAAAGGGCCAUUUUGAAAGUGCUUUGGAAGUUCUGGUUGAAAUGAAAAAACAAAGUAUACCUUUCAGCAAAGAAACCUAUCUAAUUGCAUUUGCAAUAUGCUACAAACUGGACAACCUGGAAUCUUGCAAAAUCUGUGAGAAACUGCUUGAAGAAGCACAGCUAAAAGGUGACGCAUUACCACUGCGAGCAUACUGCUUUGCUGUGGCAACUGCUCUGAAGCAGAAUGAUGUUUCACAAGCCAAAUUUUAUUGUUCCCGGAUAUUGAAAACAGAGAGCAGACUAUACAAUAAUCUUAAAGUUCUUGUCCAGCUCAGAUCUGGUUUGCUAGAAGAAGUAAUAAGGACAUUAGAGGCAGCAGUGAAAGUUCAUACUCCUCCCUUUGUGAAAAAAAUUGAGUUUUCUGAGCAGGUGCUGGCUGCAGUCAGGGAAAAGAUGGAAGAAAACGCCUACCUUUCUGCCAAAUUAAGAGAUAUUCAUAUGAAACUACAAGCUUCAGGACAGAUAACCAUGUGCACGCUAGAAGACAUGCUUUUCCAGAUUCCUAGUUCAAAGAAGAUCCCUGCAAAGCUUUUCAAUCAGAAGCUAUUGGGCUAUCAAGCUGCUAAACCACUUUGGGUGAAUCUAUUGUUGGAAUAGUUGAAUAUAUGAUGGCACACUGAACUGCUGUUAGCAUCUCUUAGAAGCCACAUUCAAGUGAAAUGUCUUCUCCUCUCCUCCAGAAUGAGCAAUUGUUUGUUUGUCUGAAACUGCACAUCAUGUGUGAAAAUACACAUCAUGUAGCUUUCACAUUUCAAUUUUGAUGAUAAAAACAAGCCAUGACAAUGUA